GGUCCUCGUCCUCCCCUUGACCCUCCUGGCUGGCCAGCGGUACUUCCGUCGGUUGCCCUGAAGAGGCCUGAACGAGCACGGGGCCGGGCUGGGGUCCGGACACUUGGGGUCCAGCCUGCCCUGCCGCCUGAUGCUCCUGAGCUCGGCCACCUCACUCGCCCUCUGUGCUGUUUCUGCGGCGGUGAGCACCUGGCUGGGUGCCUCCACCUCCCCUUCCCGGGCAGCAUGUGUGGAAGCGGACUUUAGUCCUGGCUCUGGUCGCUGACCACGUCGCCUGCAGAGCUGUCACUACACUCACCUCACGUGAGGCACAUGAAUGAACAGAGAGAUGAUUCCGGAGGCCAACAGUCACCACCUGGAAUGCGGGCGGAGACCCCGGCUUCUGCGCCUGCCCUUUCUCUGCACCCCCGUCGUCCCACCCCAGGUCCCCGCACUUGUGGCCUUUCCUCCUGGUGGUGCAGGGUGAACAAGCCCUGCCGUUCUGGGUGGCAGUGUGCUACUGGGAUGGGGCUGAGCCCCUCUCCGUGACCCUGUUGUCCAGCCCGUGGGCACACGAGCUGGCUGCCCCCGACCUGUUUUAGAAGUUUUGGAAAGCGCGUGCAGCGAUGCCGAGCCAAGUGUGGGUGACGCAUGGGAGAAACGCCCGCAUGUCCCAAAGUGGCCCGAGCCUCCUGUCCCUGGGGUGUCUCUUUAGUUCAAAUAAAUGCCAUUGCUCCCAGCUCCACGUGGUGGCGCUGCUAUGGCCACGGUGCCAGCCACUCCAGCCCCACUGUUCUCUCUUAUGUGGUGCCUGGUGGUGGCUUUUCAGCCCGUGAGGGUGACUGGGAUCUGCCUCAGGUGCCCCUGCAGUGGGGCCUCAUCGGCGGGGAGCCAGGUGGAGCUGGUGAGGGAGGCCUAGGACCGUGACCCUGCCCCCACCCCACCCCCGAGUUUAGAGGAGGGCCUCCUAUGGGUGGAAGGGACAGGGUUUUUUUAAACAACACUCAGGAAAAACUUGAAGCAGGAAUGAAUGAAAGGGGCCAUUUCUGCAGGGAGCCCCUCGAGGGCCUGGCCCCUUCCGUGCUUCUCAGCGUCUGCCCUGCUGUUCUGCCCCCCGUCACCGGGCAGGAUGAGGCUCUGGGGGUCACUAGGCCGGACACGGGGCUGUAAGUUCUCUAGGACAGGCAGCUGCCUUUGACCAGGGCGGGCAUCUCCACUCACAUUCUUGGAGAGUGGGUCCCUGGCAGCCGGGCUGAGGGAGAAAGAAGCAGAGGGAGCUUCAGUCCCUCCUGGCAUAGUCGAUGGGCCUGGUGAGUGUGCCUGCCCCCGAGGGCCUGGGGGGAGCUGCCUUCCUGCAGAGACCCCUGCCCGGAGCCUGUCCUGAGGCAGCGGUUCCUUGAGCAAACAUUUACAGAGACGGCAGGUGGAGGGCUCCCCGUGUGUGCCUGGGAGACUUGCCAGCCAAUAGGCUGCAGCCCAGAGGCGAGACCCGUCUGCAUAUGAGCCCUGGGUGAGCCCUCGGCCCUCAGCAUCCUGUGAUCCAAGAGCAGAGGCGGCCAGGAGGCUGGGGGUGGGGGCGCCCUCCUUCCUUCCAGCUGUCUUGUGACUCAGGAGGAAGGUGGGGAGCUCCUACACUGAGCACUUUAUGGUCGGGUUGCAGGGAUGGGACUGGAGGGACAGCCUGUGAGGUCCAGCACUUGAUGGGGUUGGCCCUGAGGUGGGCUGGGAGGGAGUGCAGCUUGCAGGUUGACCUGAGGAGACGGCUUUGGGUGCCCUAGGGGAAGCCCCACCUCCUGCUUGGCUCCCUGGGCGUCUGCAGACACUACAGAGCUCCUCAGCUGGUACGGGGCUCCCUGGCCCUCGCCCGGAGUGGUUCCUUGCGUAUCCGUGCUUCUGGGGAGUGAGGCGGUCUCCACUGCAUGGUGGUGACCCUGGGGGAUCCUGGGGCCCGUCUGAGCCUUGGUGGGGGCAGGCUGCGUGCUGGCGAGAGAUACCAGCAGGUGGAGCGCCUAUCACUGAGCAGCCGGGAGGCCCGAGGCAGCCUGUGUGGGCGUGCCUGGGGCCGUGCUGGGGCGCAGAGUCCGUCCGCCCAGGCUGUGCCCCAGACCUUCAGACAAGCUUCUGACAGGCUGUCACUGUUGUCUCAGAAGCGCCGCCUCAGGGUCCAGGAGCCGUCAGAGUCCAGGACGUAGCAAUGAAGAUGGCAGUGUGCUUGCCUGGCCCUGGGGUCUGGGACUGCUCCCGCUGCCCCGGGAUUUGGGGGCACCAGAAAUAGACAUGGGAGCGCAGAAGGAGGAAGCAGUUCUGCUCAUCUGACCAUAGUUCCCUGAACUGAGGCCCGGGCCUGUGUUGAAGUCGUCAGACGCUGGCAUGAAGUCUCGCUCUCCAUCGGUGGACCUGGGGGGCCUCCGCCCCCAUUGCUGACCCAGGGUCCCGCGUCCCCUCCCAUCUCCCGCAGUGUUGCGCCGGGGCCUGGCGGCAUGGCGCUCUCGGGCCGGGAGGCGGAGAAGCAGGGCCCCGCAGAGCCCCUGCCGGGCCGCGAGCCACAGUCCUGGUGGUGCCUGGUGUCCUACCUGUGCUUCUACGGCUUCAUGGCUCAGAUGCGGCCGGGGGAGAGCUUCGUCACGCCCUACCUCCUGGGCCCCGACAAGAACUUCACGCAGAAGCAGGUCACCAACGAGAUCACGCCGGUGCUGUCGUACUCCUACCUGGCCGUGCUGGUGCCCAUCUUCCUGCUGACCGACUACCUGCGCUACAAGCCGGUGCUGCUGCUGCAGGGUCUGAGCUACGUGUCCGUGUGGCUCCUCCUGCUGUUCGGCUCGUCCGUGCUGCACAUGCAGCUCAUGGAGCUCUUCUUCAGCAUCACCAUGGCCGCCCGCAUCGCCUACUCCUCCUACGUCUUCUCGCUCGUGCCCCCCGCCCACUACCAGCGUGUGGCCGGCUACUCGCGGGCCGCGGUGCUGCUCGGCGUCUUCACCAGCUCCGUGCUGGGCCAGCUGCUGGUCACCAUGGGCCGCGUCCCCUUCUCCACACUCAACUACAUCUCGCUGGCCUUCCUCACCUUCAGCCUGGUCCUUGCGCUCUUCCUGAGACGCCCCAAGCGCAGCCUCUUCUUCAACCGCAGCGCGCCCACCGAGGCCUCGCCCUCCGAGCUGGACCAGAUGAACCCGGGCCCCGGCCAGCCCGCGGGCGGCAACUACUACCUCAUCGUCUACUACGUGCACAUCCUGUGGAACGUGGUCAACCCCACCAUGGACUCCACGAGGGUCUACAACGGUGGGGCCGAUGCCGCCUCCACUCUGCUCGGUGCCAUCACCUCCUUUGCGGCGGGCUUCGUGAAGAUCCGCUGGGCGGUGUGGGCGAAGCUGGUCAUCGCGGUGGUGACUGUGGUGCAGGCUGGGCUGGUCUUCCUCAUGUACAGGACAGACAGCAUCUGGCUGUGCUACAUGGCCUUCGUGCUCUUCCGCGGUUCCUACCAGUUCCUGGUGCCCAUCGCCACUUUUCAGAUCGCGUCUUCUCUUUCUCACGAGCUCCGUGCCCUGGUCUUCGGAGUCAACACAUUCCUCGCCACCGUUCUCAAGACCAUCAUCACCCUCAUCAUCUCGGACAAGCGGGGCCUGGGCCUCCCGGUCCACUCUCAGUUUCUCGUCUACUUCAUGUACUUCCUGGUGCUCUUUGUCGCCUACUUCUUCGCGGCCGUGCUGGUGGGGCUGCAGCACCUCCGACGGGGCAGCCACCAGCCCCUGCCGCCAGCCCAGGAACUGAGGAGCCCCGUGCAGGAGAAGGCCGUGCAGGACGGGGCCCUGGGCAGCCUGCAGCCCGGAGCCCGGCCCCUGGCCCCGGAGGAUGGCGUGGAGGCCGUGGGGCCGGUCUCCCCAGAGCAGAGCCGGCAGCCCGAGGCCAAGGCCUGACCCUCACCCACCUGAGCUGCUCUCCUGGCCCGCCCGGGCCGCCAGGUUCCUGACGCCAGAGGCAGCCCGAGCUUGGGGUCUUGACCUCUCAGCCAACACGUGCCUGCAGCCGGGUUUUCGUCACCGUCCAAAUUCCAGUGUUGAGAUGGUGGAGCCAGUGACUGGCGGGCCCCGAGUGGUCUGUCCCCGUGGCCCCCACCUCGAGGGCCACCCACCUCAGCGGGGAGCCCUUGGCUGGUCCCGUGGCAGCCCGAGCCUGGCACCCCUCAGCCCUGGCUCUCACCCUGGCCGUGGCCCACCCGCGGCCAGGGAUACUCGGCCAGCUGCCUGGCCACCACGGGCUAGUUUGCUGUCACUGCCUACACGCAGCCAGUAGUGGGGCUUCACGUGCCCACCAGGCCUCCCCGCCUUGGGAGGCAGGUCCCACUUGUCCUCAGGAGCAGGCAAGGUGGUCCCAGAAGGCAGCCUGGGGCCCUAGCCCCCCACAGGGUGUCCUGGACCCCGCAGGCAGGGGGAGAGCCCUGUUCCUGGGCUCAUGGCUAAACUGAGAUGUUUCUAGUCGUCCAGGUGCUUGCAGUUUAGAUGAUUCUCUGUUCCUUUUUUAAAAAACCUUGUAUGAGAA